GGCCUUUUGGGGACCGUGGGGGUGACACGGGGGUGCCACCGGGGUGCCACCAUGUCCCUGCCCUCGGUGUACGGGGACAAACUGGCUGAGAAGCUGACGCUGCUCAACGAGCGCGCGGGGGUCCUCGUGCGCGUCUACCACAUCAAAAAGACGUGCUCGGACCCCCGCACGCGGCCGCCUUUCCUUGGGGACAAGGCCAUGGAGGCCUCGGCCAAGUUCAUCCAGAAGAAAUUCCCGCACCUGGACGUGCGGAGCAGCACCCAGCACCUGGGGCCAGUGCACAGGGACAAGGGGGACAUCGUGCGGGUGCUGGCACCGUUCUACCACACCUUCCUGGACGUGCUGGAGUUCCGGGACCACGUGUACGAGCUGCUCAACACCAUCGACGCCAGCCAGUGCUUCUUCGACAUCCACAUCAACUACGACUUCACCAAGGGCUACCUGGACCUGGUUGUCACCUACGUGUCGCUGGUGCUGCUGCUGGCGCGCACCGAGGAGCGGCGGCUGCUGCUGGGGCUCUACCACUGCGCGCACGAGAUGAGCCACGGCGCCAGCGAGCCCGGCUUCGCCCGCCUGGCGCAGAUGGUGCUGGAGUACGAGCACCCCCUCAAGAAGCUGCCCGAGGAGUUCGGGCCCCACACCAAGGCCGUGAGCAGCGCGCUGCUGUCGCUGCGGGCGCCGUUGGCGCGGCGCUGCCAGGAUGCAGAGCAGUGGCGGCGGGAGCAGCUCCUGAGCCUGCUGGGACCCGCCGGGGACAUGCUGAGCCCGGCCACGUGCGACAGCAUGGCCUGUGAGUACCUGUCCCUGGAGGUGAUGGAGCGCUGGAUCAUCCUGGGGUUCCUGGUGUGCCCGGGGGCUCUGGCCGCCCCCCCCCCGUGCCAGGAGCUGUGGCGCCAGGCGCUGCAGGGCACCCUCUUUGUCACCCUCCUGCGCGACGAGGCCAUCGCCGUGCACAAGGUCACCGAGGAGCUGCUGGGGGGGCUCAAGGGGUACGGGAAGCGCGUGGCCGAUGUCAAGGAGUGCCGGGACCACGCGGUGGCUCACAGCCCGGCGCUGCACCGGGGCCGCCGCUCGUUCCUGCGCGGGGCUGUGCGGGAGCUCGUGGCGCUGCUGGAGGAUCAGCCGGGGCUGCUGGGGCCCAAGGCCCUGCUGGUGUUCGUGGCCCUGUCGCUGUGUCGCGACGAGGUGAGCUGGCUGUCGCGGCACGCCGAGCACGCCACCAAGACCAAGAGCCCCGAGGACUUCGCCGACAGCCGCAUCGCGGAGCUGCUGUUCGCGCUGGAGCAGCUGCGGGCGCUGGUGCGGCGGCACCGGCGGGUCCUGGGCCGGUACAACCGGCAGUACCUGGCCCGCUUCGACGCGCUCGUGCUCAGCGACGUCAUCCAGAACCUCUCGGUGUGUCCCGAGGAGGAGUCCGUGAUCCUCUCGUCCUUCGUCAGCUCCCUCUCGGCUCUCUCUGCCAAAGAAGUGGAUGACAAGGAGCAGUUUGACUUCACCGCCCUGCGCCUCGACUGGUUCCGGCUCCAGGCCUACACGAGCGUGGCGAAGGCGGCGCUGCCGCUGGUCUCCAACGGGGACGUGGGACGCGUCAUGAACCUCGUGGUGUUCCACACGCGCCUACUGGACCAGCCCGAGGAGCUGCUGGAUGAGGUCUCCGACCUGUCCCACCUCUGUUUCUACCCCCGGCCCCUGGAGCGGAUGUUCGCGGUGACGCUGGAGGAGCCGUCCAUGCUCCGCUUCACCAUCGCCUUCCCCCUGCUCUGCGCCCACUUCUCGCGCUGCCCGCACCCCAUGUGCCCCGAGGAGUACCCGCAGCUGGAGGCGGCGGCGCUGGGGCUCUGCCACAAAUUCCUGGAGGAGCUGGCGCGGGUGGGCAGCGGCUGCGUCCUGGAUGCCUGCGCCGAGCAGCACAACCUGAGCCAGCAGCUGCUGCCCAAGCACUGCGCAGCCACCAUCAGCAGAGCCCGCGGCAAGAAAACCCCGAAGCAGCCGCCCCGCAAAGGGGACCCCGACAGGGACAAGCCGGGGACAGAGAGCCAACGGCGUGACCGGACGCUGACCACCAACAUGGACAAGCUGCACCUGACCCUGGCUGAGCUGUCCCUGAGCCUCAACCAUGUCCCCAACUUCACCGUCUUUGGGCACAAGGUGACACCGGCCGAGUACCUGAGCAGCCACCUGGAGACGCGCCUGACCAGGGCCAUCGUGGCCAUGGCUGGCUACAGCCAGGCCACGCAGGAGGUGGCCCGGCCCUCGGAGGUGCUGGCGGGGCUGGGGGCCUACAUGGGGCUGGUGCAGCGGCUGGGACAGUUGGUGGCACUGGACACGGGGCGGCUGCUCCGCGCGGUGCUGCUGCAGCAGAGCCACCCCCGCGAUGCCAGCGGGCAGCCCACGCUGACCGCCAUCUACACGGACUGGUACCUGGAGGCCCUGCUGCGCCAGGCCAGCACCGGGGCCGUGCUCCUGUCCCCGGCCCUCCAGGCCUUCACCACGGUGCCCCGCGAGGAGCAGCCCCCGUUCAGCGCCGCCGAGUUCUCCGACAUCUCAGAGAUGCGGGCGCUGGCCGAGCUCAUCGGGCCCUACGGGAUGAAGUUCCUGAGCGAGAACCUGAUGUGGCACGUGGGGUCCCAGGUCACCGAGCUGAAGAAGCUGGUGGCCGAGAACAUGGACACGCUGGUGCAGCUGCGCUGCUGCAGGGCCGAGCAGAGGCCGGCGCUGCUGUCCCGCCUGACCUCGGCCGAGAACGUCCUGAAGCGCAUGACCAUCAUUGAGAUCCUGAGCUUCCGCGCCAUGGCCCAGCAGGGCCUCAGGGAGGCGUUCUCCCAGCACUGCCCCUUCCUGAUGGGCCCCAUCGAGUGCCUGGCGGACGUGGUGACCCCCGACACCGACAUCCAGGUCACCCUGAGCAUCUUCGAGCUGGCCUCGGCCGCGGGGAUCCCGUGCGAGGUGGACCCGGCGCUGGUCACUGCCCUGGCCGGCAACAGGACAGAGGGCUCGUCCCCCGAGGAGGAUUACAAGGUGUCCUGCCUGCUCCUGGUGUUCGUGGCCGUGUCCCUGCCCCAGCUGGCCGCUGACCCCGCGUCCCUCUACAACCCCGAGCUGGACGGCUACAACAACAACCUGCACUGCCUGGCCAAGGCCAUCGUCCAGGUCUCGGCCGCGCUCUUCACCGUCCACAACAAGAACAUCGAGACCCACCUGAAGGAGUUCCUGCUGCUGGCCUCGGUCAGCCUCCUGCAGCUGGGCCAGGAGCCGGACAAGGUGCGGGCGCGGAACCGCGACUCCCUCGUGCUGCUGCUGCACCUGAUCGUGGCCGAAUCGUCCUUCCUGACGCUGGACAUGCUGGAGAGCUGCUUCCCCUACGUCCUGCUGCGCAACGCCUUCCGCGAGGUGUGCCGGGACCCCCCCGGCCCCGGCAGGGCCCUCCCGCACUGACCGGACCCCCGCACCCCCGCCCGGCCCGCGCCGGGACCCC